AUGCCCUUAAAGGAGAACUAUGAGGUACCUUCUACAAUCGCCUACCAGUACUCUGACAUAAUAUCCAAGAGACAUUCUAAAGUCUUCCUAUGGAACUCCACUGGAUCUCUGGAUGCAUAUGGGGUCUGUUACUGUUCCAUCAUUCACCAAGAUUCCACCUUCCCAGCAGAUCGAAUGGAGAGCUUGGAAAUAGCAAACCGUAACCUGACCAUAAUUAUCAAUGCAGAAAUCACUAAGAUCCACAACUAUGAGAGCUCAGUGAUUGUCUACAUGGAGCAGCUGAAGGACCUAAGCAGACGUGUGAAGAUAAUGGAGAACGGAGGACUUUCCUACUCUGAGCUGGACUUCGAGCUCAUCAAGCUGGAGAUCAAAGAGAUGGAGGGCAUGAUACUGCAACUAAGAACCUCAAUAAAUGGCUCCAGUGUGAUUGUGGAGACGCUCUACCAGGAGAUCCGCAACAUUUCCAUCAUGGUUAGCCAGCUGGAGGUCUAUGAUAAGAACAAUGUCUUGGUAAUCAGACGGGAGAUUGCAGAUUUACAGAAACGGUUGGAAGAGUGUCAGCAGAACAGCUCCAAACCAAAUCUGCCUUCCCUUCCUCCAGCACACUACGGUACUUGUGACCAUGGACCCAUUGGGAAUAUCAGUAAACCAGAAAUAGUUCACCAGAAUUUGAAUGGUGCAAACUACAAAUCAGGAGGAUGGGGAAAAGACUCAUUAUUAGGAGCUGAUCAGAACACUGUCUGGGUGGCCCCACUAAAUACUGACAGGCGCUUGAUGAAUUAUGUAUACACCUAUCCUUCUUAUAACAAUCUCCUACUCUACAAACACAGUGUAACAAAAAGCCUUAGCAGUGCCAGUUAUGGGCAAGGUGGUGGAAUGAUUAUGUACAAUAACACAAUGUAUUAUAAUUGCUACAAUUCCAAUAAUCUCUGCAAAUACAACAUGAUAACUAAUGUAGUGGAGCGAUUGGUGCUAAGGGAUGCAACUUACAACAACCGCUUCUCUUAUGCAUCCACACCAUGGCAGGACAUUGAUCUUGCUGCUGAUGAAGAGGGUCCUUGGGUCAUUUAUGCUACGGAACAAGAGGGUGGGAAAAUUCUUAUUAGCAAACUUAAUGCUACUACAUUGGAAGUAAAGCAAACCUGGUCCACUUCCCUAUACAAGCCGGGUGUCACUAAUGCGUUCAUGGUCUGUGGGGUCUUGUAUGCUACAAGAAUCUACAGAACAAAUAUGGAAGAGAUCUUCUACAUGUAUGACACCAAAACUGGUAAGGAAGAGAAUCUGAGUAUUCCCAUUGAGAAGAUGAUGGAUACUAUGCAUAGUCUGUCCUACAACCCAAAUGACCACAAGCUCUACACGUACAUUGAUGGGUUCCUGUUUACCUAUGAUGUCACUUUCUUGCCCAAAAAAUAA